GUCACAACGAGGCAAUCAACAGCGACAACGAAAACCACCAUAGAAAACCAUUAACCAAUAAGAAUAGCUUCCACCCGUACAUAGGAGAAGUCGUACGUGUUACUGUCAGUCAUGUAACCAAUGAGAGGACUCAGAACGCAACGUCCCACCUUCUUUCUGACUCUAUUCAAUCAGAAAGGGCAGGGGGCGGGAUAAUCUAUGCAGACUGACAGCGCUGCUGGCCAACCCACGCAUUGCUCCACGUCUGCAGAACUGAGUAAAAUGGACGCGGUGCUGCUGUGCAGUGUCAGAGACCGUCUUUCUUACUUUACUACCAGAGGGCUGCCUAAUCUGUCUGUUCCCUCUCAUUUGCAUAAUGGAGCCGCUGAUAUUAGACAGCAAAGUGAAAAAGAUCCCUCCUUGUACACAGUGAAAGCUGUUCUCAUUUUGGACAAUGAUGGGGAGAGGCUGUUUGCUAAGUACUAUGAUGAGACGUAUCCCACAGUGAAGGAACAGAAGGCCUUUGAGAAGAAUAUCUUCAAUAAAACCCAUCGGACAGACAGUGAAAUUGCUCUAUUAGAGGGGCUGACAGUUGUGUAUAAGAGCAGCAUUGACCUGUACUUCUACGUCAUUGGAAGUUCCCAUGAGAAUGAGCUCAUGCUGAUGGCUGUUCUGAAUUGCCUCUUUGACUCAUUAAGCCAAAUGCUCCGAAAAAAUGUGGAGAAGCGAACCCUCCUGGAGAACAUGGAAGGGCUGUUCCUCGCGGUUGAUGAGAUAAUAGAUGGCGGUGUUAUUUUGGAGAGUGACCCCCAGCAAGUGGUUCAUCGUGUUGCCUUGAGGGGUGAUGACGUUCCUCUCACAGAACAAACGGUCUCGCAGGUGCUCCAGUCUGCAAAAGAGCAGAUCAAGUGGUCUCUGCUGCGAUAGCUGCUGAUUCUGUACCAGGACGUGUUCAUUCCGAUGGGAUGGGAUGGGAUGGGUUGCCAUAGUCCCAAAUUCUCUCCAAUCUUCUGUUUUAAAUCCCCUGAGUAUUUAGGGCAAUGUCACUGAUGUGUAUUACACCUUUGUCUCAGUACGGGGCAAUGGCUCCUGGCACUGAAGUGUCCUGCUGUGUGUUAUGUCUUGUUACUAGCAAAGCCUCUAUGUAAAGUACCUAACCCCAUAAUGUUUUACUGGUUCAUUAUGUGUGAACAGUCGGUGACUAUACUCCUGCACUGCUGGUGAGAAUGCCAGAACAGCUUGAAUGAAGUACACAUGAAAGCCCUGAAAUUGUGUCACCAUAUGUUGUUCUUAGGAAAGGGCCACAAAGCUGCAGCAGCACAGGCUCAUGUAUCACAUCAUCAUUGGAAGCUGCAAGUUUAAAAUUCAUGAUCUUGAAAGCGGGAGAUGGCUUUUCCCAUCAGCUGCCCAUUCCCUCUCCACGGGACAUUAAGCACAUACCGACAUACCCAAUUGAAAUGGCUGUCAUUUGCACUGCAUGUACCGGGCCCAAAUAUGUUAUGUGAGCUCUUCCGUAUUCUAGACUGGCACAUGGGGAACAGAAGACUUUUUUUUUUUUUAUAAACUGAAAAUGUUUAAGAUAACUAGCGGACCAAUACAAUGUAUGCCAUGUAUACCUGUGCUGUAUCUGGGUAGCACAUCCUCAGUUCCCAAGGUUACUUAACAGGCAAGGUCCUAUAAAUGUUAAAUGUUUAGGGACAGGAGUAUAUAAUUAGCCUGGAAGCAGCUUUUCAGUACAGAAGUUGUGCAUUAUUGUGAUCAUGGAAAUGCUGUACAAGGUGAAACUGAUACAAUGAUUAAUAAAUUAAAUGAAAAUA